UCCCCUUUUUUUUUUGCGCAUUAAUUAGGAGAAGGGAAUUAUAAUGGAGGAGGCGCUUUUGGGCCGUCGGAGUGAGAACUGGUCGCCGGCGCCGGGGAGAUUGCGAGGAGAUUUCGUGUCGAGGUUGCCGGAGAAAGUCAGGCCCGGGCUCGACCCGGAGAACCCAUCUCAGAUUGAUGUGUCGAGGACCACGGGGCUCUUGAGAGGAGAGAAAGAUUACUAUGAGAGGCAAUUUGCUACGCUCAGAGCCUUUGAGGAAGUUGACACCUUGAUCGCUUCUAAUAAAAAUGACGAGGAUCACGAAGGCGAGGAAAAUCUUACGCAAGCCGAAAGUGAAUUUGCAAUAAAGAUUUCCAACUAUGCAAAUAUCUGUUUGUUGGUAUUGAAGAUUUAUGCAACGAUAAAAAGUGGGUCUAUUGCCAUUGCUGCGUCGACAUUGGAUUCAUUGUUGGAUCUUAUGGCCGGUGGCAUUCUCUGGUUUACCCAUUUGUCGAUGAAAAAUAUAAACAUUUACAAAUACCCUAUCGGCAAGCUGAGAAUGCAGCCAGUGGGCAUCAUUGUAUUUGCUGCGGUCAUGGCUACUCUGGGUUUUCAGGUGCUAAUCCAAGCUCUUGAACAGUUGAUAUCAAGAGAACCUACUGGGAAAAUGUCCUUAACGCAACUGGUGUGGUUAUAUUCAAUCAUGUUGACUGCUAGUUUCGUAAAACUCGCCUUGUGGCUUUACUGCAGGACAUCAGGAAACAACAUCGUCCGUGCCUAUGCUAAGGAUCACUAUUUCGACGUCGUAACAAAUGUUGUAGGAUUAGCUGCUGCAGUUCUUGGAAACAGGUUUUAUUGGUGGAUUGAUCCCGCUGGGGCUAUUGUCCUCGCAGUUUACACGAUUUCAAAUUGGUCUGGGACCGUAUUGGAAAAUGCAGUUUCACUGGUUGGGCAAUCGGCUCCUCCUGAGAUGUUGCAAAAACUAACUUACCUCGUCUUGAGGCACAAUUCUCAAAUUAAGCAUGUGGACACAGUUCGAGCCUAUACAUUUGGUGUUCUUUACUUCGUGGAGGUUGAUAUCGAGCUACCGGAAGAUUUGCCUCUCAAACAAGCACACACAAUCGGGGAGACUCUGCAGAUAAAGAUCGAAGGACUUCCUGAAGUCGAGCGAGCAUUCGUUCAUCUUGACUUCGAGUGCGAACACAAACCAGAGCAUUCCGUUCUAAGCAAGCUCCCCGAAAGCUAAGUCUUAAGCUUGUGAAGUUGAGAAUUUCAUCAGACAAAGCCCGAGGUAAUCGCGGAAGGAAAUUCAAUCCAUAUCAUCUUAUAAUUGGAUGAACAUUUCCUUCUAACUGCUGAAGAAGCGAUGAUGACGAAACAAGAAUAACCUUGAAUGGUAUAACUUUCAUCGGCAAUAUGAUGCGUUUUUUUUUUCUCUUCAGAGAAAAGGAUAAAAUCAGUAAGGUUUCGGCCCUACUGAUAAUUUUAAUGCUGUAAAUUUGCACUGUUUUGGUAAUUGGUGGCAUCUCAGCUUGCUCAGCGUAA